GCCACCCCCGCCGCACAUCCAGCUCAGACUGACUGCUACGUCUCACUCUCUCCUUCCUCUCCAUACCUAGCCACGUACUAGCUACGAGUAGCUCGGUAAGAGCUAGCUAGCUGGUGAUCACCACGCGCGCCCGCAGGCCGCAGCUCGUUUUAAGCCGGCCGAGUCGGACACGGCAUGCGCUGCUCCGUUCGCUCCGCACAGGAUGGCUCCAGCUUCCGCCUCGCUCCUCGCCGGCGCCAAGCGCUCCGCGGACGCUACUGAGCUUCCACAAGCGCAGGAGGGCGCGGUGACCAAGAAGAACGGCCAGAGCCAGCAGCAGAAGCUGGAGUGCCCGCGGUGCAGCUCCAGCGACACCAAGUUCUGCUACUACAACAACUACAGCACGGCGCAGCCGCGCCACUACUGCCGCACCUGCCGCCGCUACUGGACGCACGGCGGCACGCUGCGCAGCGUGCCCGUCGGCGGGGCAUGCCGCCGCGGCGGCAGCACCAAGCGCCGCAGGCCCUCCGCUGAGCCCCAGACGACCUCCUCCGACUCGCCGCAGCCGGACCUCCAGGAGACGCGCCUUCUCUCUGACCACCCGCUCCCAGUCUUCCCGUUCCUCACCGACGGCGGCCCCGUCUUCCUGCCGCAGUUCGAUCUCGGGCUCGGCGGGUUCCCCUGGACACCGGCGACCAUGGACCACCUCUACGACGGGCUCGCGGCGCCGUGGGGUGGCUGCGACCGGGCGCUCGCCCCCACCGGCGCAUGGGACGACUUCGGCGGCCUCGAGCUCGCCUGGCCACCACCGCCACCGGCCGGGAACUGAUCAGCGUCAUCAUAUGUUAGUCAGCGUUUCGCCAGAGCGUUCGAGGCUCCUGUUUUAUCAUCGCAGCCUCGAUUCGAGGCUAAUAGUGCUUGUUUGCAUGGGAAAUUCUACGUCUCCUGUUUACAGUAGUACUAAUAGAUAUCUUUUUUACCACACUAAUUGUCUGAUUA